AUGGAGUCAGUUAUCAAAGUGUCUAUGUCGGUUUGCCCAUUUGUUAGGUCAACUUCCACGCAAAAGUUACGCCAGUUAAGUAAAAACUCGGGUGGCUUGGUACAACGUGCACGUCAAUGUCCUUUUAUGGGGAAUGCUAUUGAAAAACAGGAACACGUUAGAAAUUACUCUCAAGCUACCGAGUCUAGAAGGGCAAGUGUUAGCUCUGCUAACCAACCUUCAUCUACUACGUUUGCAUCGCCAUAUCGCCUUCAAAAUGAAAAGUUGGUUAACCCAGAAGUCGAUUUCAAUGCAAGAGAAGAUAGUUUCGACUUUCACGGUUUUUUGAAUGAUGAUUUGAACAAGAAGAGAUUGGACAAAUCGUACCGUUACUUCAACAAUAUCAACCGUUUAGCUAAGGAUUUCCCAAAAGCCCACCGUUCUCAAGAAGCUGAGAAAGUUACAGUGUGGUGCUCCAAUGACUACCUUGGAAUGGGGAAAAAUGAAGUUGUUUUGAAUGAAAUGAAGAGAACUUUAGAUAAAUACGGUUCAGGUGCAGGUGGUACGAGAAAUAUUGCUGGGCACAAUGCUCAAGCAAUCAGGUUGGAAUCCGAAUUGGCAGCUUUGCACAAACACGAGGCAGCAUUGGUUUUCAGUUCGUGUUUUGUAGCCAAUGACGCUGGUAUUAGAAAUUCUCGUGCUCAAAAGCAAAUCUUUAAGCAUAACGAUUUGGCGGAUUUAGAAGCAAAUUUGGCGCAACAUCCCAAGUCAACACCAAAGUUGAUUGCGUUUGAGGCUGUUUACUCCAUGCGUGGGUCUAUUGCGCCGAUUGAAGCAAUAUGUGAUUUAGCACAAAAGUAUGGUGCUCUUACCUUUUUGGAUGAGGUUCAUGCCGUUGGUAUGUAUGGUCCACAUGGAGCAGGUGUUGCUGAACACUUGGAUUUUGACACUUAUUUGAAACUGGGUAUCAACAAGCCUGUCACUAAAACUGUUAUGAGUAGAGUUGAUAUGAUUACGGGUACGCUUGGUAAAGCUUACGGAUGCGUUGGAGGUUACGUUACCGGUAAGGCAAAUUUGAUUGACUGGUUUAGGUCAUACGCUCCAGGGUUUAUUUUCACUACAACCUUACCGCCAGCAAUCAUGGCAGGUGCUUCUUCUUCAAUUCGUUACCAAAGAGCUACUUUGAAGGAUCUCCCAGUCUUGGUUGGUAAUGCCGCUGACGCAAAGAGAGCAUCCGAUUUGUUGUUGGAAAAACAUGAUAUCUACGUUCAAGCGAUCAACUUCCCCACAGUUCCAAUUGGCGAAGAGAGAUUGAGAAUUACUCCAACUCCAGGUCACGGAAAGGAAAUAUCUAACCAUUUGAUUGAAAGUGGAUUAUGUGGUGUUGGGCAAGAAGAAGAUACUUUAAAGAUUCAACAUUUGUGGACUGAUGAACAACUAACUUUGACUGACGCAGACUUGAAUCCAAAUGUAAUCAAUCCAAUCAUUAAUCCGAUUGGUGUUUCUUCUGGUGUAGCUUGA